CCAACAUCUGCGACGAAAUUUCGCGGCAAAAUAUAGUCGAUGAGAAGUGUACGGGAAAAGUAAUGGUAUUUUGCCAGCAGCUAUUGUUAUUGAUUAAGUUAUCGUUGUAUGUUGUUUAACUGUUAGCUAGUCAACUUUUAGUUGGUUGUUAGCAUAUUGGAAUCAUAUUAAUGAUGUCGGAGGUGAUAGCAAGGCUGUUAAAAUAGCUAGCAGGCUAAGAAACUAUCACAACAUUGUUCUUGGCAGCAGGUGGCUGAUCGCUCUUGCUAACUAGAUUUUUUUAUUUGUCGUUUUUUUUCUUAUUAGGUAUUACACACGUUAAUUAGCUCAGUUAAUUAGUUUUAUAAAAUGGCAUUAGUAAAUGCAGAUAGCAUCAAAUCGGAGCUGGAAAUGUUCGGCAUUUCUUGUGGAGACGAAGACAUAAUAUUGGACAAGAGUAGGUGCAAUUUUCUUCUGCCCUCAGACUUAUCCCAUUAAGAUAGCUAACGAACUUGCUUUGCGAAUGUUUUGUUAGCCAAAUUACCAGUGAUCUUGGCAUGCUCUACUUCUCUCCCAGUGUUGGAGCAGUGUCUGUGCAACAGGUUGCAGGGGAAUGAGAUAGUCCUGGAGUGGGUGGCUUUCAGCACCACCAAGGGAGGAUUGAAACUCAGUUUGAACACACUGGAGCAGUUUGAGCAUGAGGUGGGAGAAAGAAAGACCCAUGACCCCUUUCUCACUCUCACACGCACUCGCUUGGUGUUCAUUGUUGCAUGUCUGGUCUUGGUGUGUUGCAGGUUCUAAACAAGAAAAACAAGGCCAAACCGGGCAUCGCAAAGCGAGAGGAAUCACUCAACAGAACCAGGGAUAUCAACUCGCUGCAGGACCUGUAUCCACAAUCUCUACCUCAGUGUUAUGUUUCGCUUAGGAUUGAUGAAUAACUAUUUCAGUGUGUUUAUAUGUAUGACAGUUGGAACAAUACAGGACUCUGGUGGUGUCCCUUAACUUUGCCUUUCCAGGAUCAAAGCUGAAGAAGAAGAGGAGAGUCUUCUGGACACCUAUUCCACCCCAGCUAAGGUAUUUUACACAUACUCACCGGCCAGUUUAUUAGGUACACCCAUCUAGUACCGGGUUGGACCCCCCUCCCCCCUUGCCUCCAGUGGUGUGCCUGAUAAACUGUCCGGUGUGUAUGUCUCUGUGCGAAUGCUCCUUUCGUUGAGGUGUCUGUUUGUUGGUAUUGUAUGUGCUGUACAAAGCAUUAUCUCUGCUCUGUGUGUUUUUAGGGGUCUCAGAAGCGUGCCCUGACCACCCCAGAACACCCCCAGUCUAAGAGGAGUGCAGCUCUCAUAGCCAGCCCUGGCCUGCUGCUGUGCCCAGCCAGCUUCUCCCCCAGGUACACCACACACACACACACACACACACACACACAACUACAGACACUAUAUAUACAAAAGUAUGUGGACAGCCCUUCAAAUGAGUGGAUUCUGCUAUUUCAGCCACACCUGUUGCUGACAGGUGUAAAAAAUCGAGUGCACAGCCAUGCAAUCGCCAUAGACAAACAUUUGCAGUAGAAUGGUCCUACUGAAGCUCUGUGACUUUCACAGUGGCACUGUCAUAGGAUGCCACCUUUCCAACAAGUCAGUUCCUGUGUUCCAAACUGCCUCUGGAAGCAACGUCAGCACAAUAACUGUUCAUGUGGAAGAAUUUGACUGGCCUGCACAGAGCCCUGACCUCAACCCCAUCGAACACCUUUGGGAUGAAUUGGAACGCCGACUGCGAGCCAGGCCUAAUCGCCCAACAUCAGUGCGCGACCUCACUAAUGCUUUUGUGGCUGAAUGGAAGCAUGUCCCUGCAGCAAUGUUCCAACAUCUAGUGGAAAGCCUUCCCAGAAGAUUGGAGGCUGUUAUAGCAGCAAAGGGGGGACCAACUCCAUAUUAAUGCCCGUGAUUUUGGAAUGAGAUGUUCGACAAGCAGGUGUCCACAUACUUUUGGUCAUGUAGUGUACAUGGAUACACCGCUACAAUCAUCUGUGAAUACACACUCACUCACUCACCCUUAUCCCCAAAUGUGUGUCCUCCUCUCUGCAGUGUGACCCCCUCUCAGAAGUACAGUCAGCGUGGAGGUCGGGGGGAGGUGGUGUCUACAUUCGGGGCCGUCCAGGGCACACGUUGGGCGGGGAGGAAAGGGCAGCAGAACGGUGUUCAGCUGGAGCUCCUGGAGGGAUCAGAGGACUCUCUGAUUGACAACUACAAGUACAUGUUCCAAAGGCUGAGGGACGUCCGCAACGGUAGGCAACAAAACUACAACUACGGUAGUUAUUUUAAACAUCUUUAUUGGAUUAUAGUAGAAUUGUGAUGACACAACUACUUCCUUAUCCAUCAUUAAUCUUGACUGUUAGAUCAGUCCAUUUCAUUUUUUAUGUGCCGACGUGAAUGUUGUCUUUUGUCUUUGCCAGUGUUGACAGAGAAGAUUGAGGAGCUGGGAGAGGAACUGAGGACAAACUUCAACAUAGAAGAGUUCUCCCCUGUGUCUCUACCUGCUCAGGUACUUACAGGCAGCUCACUCUGCCUCCCAGUCACUCACACAGUAUGUUCCCUCCUGUUCCCCCAGUUACUUUCAGUGCUGUGUGUGGGUAUGUUUGUUAAUUUCUCUCCUGCUCUCUCUCUCUCUCUCCCUCUCUGUAGGACAGUGUGACUGUACUGGGACAGGUGUGCUGUGACAGUAAUGGGAAGCUUAACGCCCAAUCAGUGCUGUUGGAGGCAGGGCCUGAUCAGGGUGGGCGGCAGGUGCCAGUAGACCUGUCUGAACUCAGAGAGUACUCACUCUUCCCUGGACAGGUGGUCGUCAUGGAGGGGAUGAAUACCUCGGGGAGGAAGUUGGUGGCAUCUAAACUCUAUGAGGUUAGUGGGAUUCCUCUAAAACACCUUUGUUCGAUUUCCUGGAUCCUGAUCAAGCCUAUUCCAGGACUAAAAGCUCUGAUGGAGAUUCUCAAGCUGACCAGUAUGACUUCUAAGUUCUUGUUUCUUUGUUUAAUUGUUUGAUAUUUUCUGUCUCUUAGGGAGUCCCUCUCCCAUUCUACUCUAAUCCCAUUAAACAGGAAAUGGACAUGGACAUUCCUGAUGGUAAGGAAGGGAACUAUGAGUAUACACCACACACACACCCUAAUGUCCCUGCUCUAACACAUUACCAGAGCAGCUGAUGGUAAUGGUGGCCUGCGGCCCCUACAUCCCCCCGACAGCUCUCUUAGGCACACACUCACACACACCCUAACGUCCCUGCUGUCCCUCAGUACCAGAGCAGCUGAUGGUGAUGGUGGCCUGUGGUCCCUACACCCCCUCUGACGGCCUGAUCUUUGACCCCCUGGUGGACCUCAUCAACAUCAUCGUCAGGGACCGCCCUGACGUUUGCAUACUGGUCAGUAUCAAGAGGUCUCACUCACUGACCCACUUUUUUGCUCUCUGACUAAAGUUUGAAUGUUUGUCCCUCACAUCUCCUCUCUAACCCACAGCUGGGACCCUUCGUGGACUCCAAACAUCAGCAGAUAGAGGUACCUUUUCCUUCUCUCUGUCUUGGCUACUGACUCUCUAGAGUUAGUUUUCCAUAUCUAGGAUGUUGACUUGUAUUUUCUAUCAGAAGUUGAUUGUUUUUUCUUUCUUUGUGUGUAACAGAAAUCUCUGGUGACUGAGACGUUUGAUGCCAUCUUCUCCAGAUGUUUGGGAAGCAUUGUGGAAGGCACCAAAGGGUAAAUAUGACUUUAUAUUUACCUAUCCACUACACUGUUACCCCACCCACACACUGCUUCAUUUUACCCCCUACAUCCCGACCACAUUAGCUCAAUCUCUUCCCUUGCUUUUGUAAACAUAGUUCUGCUUCCUCCUCAGAGUUGGAUGUCGGUUGGUAUUUGUUCCCUCCCAGAGAGAUGUCCACCAUCACUUCAUUUACCCACAACCCCCUUUCACCCUGCCGGACCUCAGCAAGGACGACGCAAAGGUGAAAUGGCCCACAUGAUGUCACUCAGAUUUUUUUUUUAUCAUACAGGAAAUCUUCUGUCAUAGAAAAACGGCAUGCCCUACCUCAAUAAUGUGUUAAAUUGUUUUUGCAUUGGCUCUUCAGCGUGUGACCCUGGUGCCUGACCCCUGCACCCUGCUCAUCGAGGGUGUGACCUUUGGCCUGACCUCUACAGACAUCCUUUUCCACAUGGGAGCAGAGGAGAUCAGCUGGUGAGUGCAUGUGUGUUCGGCUCCAGACCUCUACACUGUAUCUCUUUUGGUGUUCACAGAUUCAUAUUGCUUACCAUGACUGCUCCUUCGAUCAAAGUGUUUAUAUGGUGAUACUGUUCUGUGUUUCAGUGCCGCUGGGUCGGACAGAUUCUCACGCAUCUUGAAACAUAUGCUGACCCAGAGAAAGUGAGUGAGCACAGGGACAGAAGGGUCUUAGUGAUUUGAUUCUAUUUGACAAUUUACAAACACAAUACAACCACAAAUGUGGAUAAAAUGCAUAAAAUGUUUUGUCUAGGAUAACACAAAGUUAAACUUCCAUUGUGUUCAAAAACAUAAAACAUGUUACACAUUAGAAGCUAAAAGCUGAAUUGUAGUAAACACCACAUGGCCAAAAUAAUGGGAGGAGAGUGUUAAGCUUGAAGGGCAUAGAUUCAACACACUACUAUACUGUGUCCACACAGUAAUUAUUUCACUUCCUGGCUAUUCUUGGACUCGUUUGAGGGCAAGAACAACUAAUUUCUUCCCUGUUCUCUGUGUAAUAUAUAUAUAUAUAUAUAUAUAUAGCUACUACCCCUUGUACCCGCCUGUGGAGGAGGUGAACAUGGACUAUGAGAAGUUCCAGAGCUACGGCCAGAUGCCCCUCAGUCCUGAUAUGCUCAUCGUCCCCUCAGAGCUCCGCUUCUUCAUCAAGGUGAACAACAAGGCUGGUUCACACAGUGGAAACUCACUCUUUCUCGCUCUCUCUCUCUUUCCCAUCUUUUUCUCUCUUUCCAUCUUUCUCGCUAUCACACACAUUUACAAUGAAGCUUUAAAAAAUAUAUGUAAUUUUUCACAGGAUGUGAUUGGCUGCGUAUGUGUCAAUCCUGGACGCCUGACCAAGGGGCAGGUGGGAGGGACUUACGGCAGGCUGCUCAUCCAGAGGAGCGCCACAUCGAUAGAUGGGAAGAGAGUCAGUCCCUGUGUGGCCGGCCAAGUGGUCAAGAUCUAACCUGAUUGAAGACUGACUGAAGAUGGAUUCCUCUUCAUAUUACAAAAUGAUCUAUUCUACAACGACUAUCAAUGUAGCUGCUUACUGUAAUUUAAUUUGAUAAUUUGCUCAGUCGUGUAUGUGCUUGGUAUUCUACUGAAUCACUCCUUAUUU